GCAAGGUCCGCCUCCUCACGCACUCCACACAAACAGACGCAGCAGCCGGCAUGACGCAGAAGAUCGUGAUCGCGGUGCAGAUGGGGAGCAGCAGGUGCCGGUCCAAGGCGCUGGCGCUGGUGGCGGCCACGCCGGGGGUGGACUCGGUGGCGCUGGCCGGGGACGGCAAGGACCAGCUGGUGGUCGUCGGCCACGGCGUCGACUCCGUCAAGCUCACCAGCGCGCUGCGCAGGAAGGUCGGCCACGCGCAGCUGCUGCAGGUCGGCGACGCCAAGAAGGAAGACGCGAAGAAGCCGCCGGCCGCGGUCGUGGUCGAAUACUACCCGUACGGUUACUACUACCCAUCACAACCGGCGCCGGUCAACUUCUUCUACGAGCAGCAGCACUACCCUGCUGCUGCCGCCGUCGAGGCGUACGGGUACCCAUGUUCGCGGCCGGAGCCGGGCACCUGUUCGGUAAUGUAGACCACAUCACAUGCUGAUUGGGUAGCGCGUUGAUUACUUAUACUGACUUUUGCCGGUCAUACUUGACGAUCAAGAGCUUGGCACCUCUCAAGUUUUCAUGGUGGUAUCGGACUUGAUGGAGUAUCUACUAAGGUUCAGCUA